AUGCAGCUUACCGAUGAUUGGCUCCCAUCCCGCCGCAUGGCCGAAUCUGGCACUGGCGUUUCAGCCGGCACAGCUACUACACGUCAGGGCACCAUGGCGAAUGUCAAGAAACAUGUAAAUGGGAAUCUGGACGUUUCCGAAGCCAGCAAUGUGAACUGGAUUGAAGUAGCUUCGAUACGCAAGGUUACGUGGAAAGGAGGAGACGAUCCGCCCCAGCCGCCACGGGCGCGAUACCCGCGCCCAGCCCAGGCGCUAGCGCUCCAAAUAAACGCCCCAGAGGCAAUGCACGCGCCCAAGCCUUCUGGUCCACUAGACGCUAUCCUGACGGCUAUCUGGCAUUACCCAACCUUCCAAAGCAUCGGCGAUGAUCGAGAGGUUGUCGAGAUUUUCGUUCAAGCUCGCCAGACCUACAACCAGUCUGGAACGGACGCCGAUGAAGGCGACGACAAAGAUACGGGGGGCCAGAGCCCGGAUGCCAUCCUUGAGUACCACCUGAAGCAUGCCGAAAAGCCUGACUGGAGUUGGGUCGACGAAAACUCUCCGUCUUGUCGAAUGCAUGGGAAAUUGGAAGUUGCGACGGUUGCGCUCGCUGACCGUGACCCUGCGAGUGCGGUGGCUCGCAGCCCGCGGGGGUUGUAUUACUUGCUGGUGAAUCCUGUCGCGAUCCUCCUAAGCCAGCUCGAACUCGAAGGAGAGGAGCGUGAUCUGUGUGUGGGGUUUCUCGACGAUGCAACUAUGAGCGUCUCAUGA